CAACGAGCGCCCUGGGGCUCACGGUCGCGCACAGGCUGUCGAACCUGCCGCGCCCGUCGCGUCAAAUGCGACGAAAACCCCGGCCAAUGUCGCAAUUGCACCACGACCGGGAGAUCGUGCGAGGGCUAUGAUCCAGCUCCAUUGCCUCGCUCGACCACUUCCCAACGGCGCCAAGCUAUAGCUUUCCACCUACCGCCAAUAGUCACCACCAAGAACCCCUAUCUCACCACCGCAGAUGAGCGGCGAUGUUUCGAAUUCUUUCAGAGUCGCACGAUCCCUGAUAUUCUCGGGGCGUUUGACUCUCCGUUAUGGCACCAAUUAGUUCUGCAGAUGGCGCGGCUGGAUCCGGCGGUCUGCCACGCUGCGAUGGCGCUGGCCGCUGCGCAUCAGGAGUCCCAGGCCACUGGCAUGGGGUUGCGCCCGGCAAAGCAGCAGAGCCCCUGGAACCUGUUCGCUUCCGACCAGGCUGCGCGCUCAUUUGCCUUGCUCCGGCGACGGAAUCCCCGAGAUCCGAUGGUACCGCAGGUGGUACUGCUUUGUUGUGUCCUAUUCGUCAUGUUGGAUCUGGUAUGGAGGCGGUUUGACCAAGCUUUCACUCAUCUACAGUCUGGUCUGCGCAUUCUGAAUGAGCUCCAUCGCCAGGGCAAGCCGGUGUUUCGGGACCGACAGGGAUCGCCGGUCGAUUGGCACAUCGUUACCGCCUUGCGACAUCUCGACAUUCACUCGACUCAGUUUGGCUGCGAGGCACCGUUGCUUGAGAUCCGGGAAGAGGCCCGGUUGGAGUCGACUGCAGCGCAAUGGCAAACUAUCCGAAGCGUUGCCGAAGGGCGUCGGGCACUCGAUCCUCUCGCGACGCUGGCGCUUGAAUUCAUCAAACGGGGUUGGUCACCCGCCAAGGACCAUAACGCCGCUCGUUAUGCGUCCAUACAUCGCGAGCAGUUGGCGCUGCUCGCGCUGAUGGAGCAGGCGCAAAGGUCCCUGCGCGAGUUUCAUACCCGACAAUACGCCUCUCUUACACCGCGAGAUCAAAUCGGGGCCGAGAUCCUCAACGUCAACCUCCACUGGAUCUCGUUGGGUCUGCGCACCACCGUCGUAACACCCGGACCCGCCUACGUCGCGGCUUUAGCCGCCGACAGCCAACAGAUCCUCACCACCUCCGAAGCAAUCAUCGCGAAACUGCCGCCCGAACGCCCGACGAUCAUGUUCGACACGGGCAUCAUCUCGCCUCUAUUCAUAGUGGCCUUGGUCUCGCCCGAUUUCCAUGACCGGUGGCGCGCCAUCAUGGCUCUCCACGCCUGGCCGCACUGCGAGGGGCCUUACAGCUCGGCAUUCCACGCCCAUCUGGCCGAGAAGAUGCUGGAGGGCGAGCUACGCGCUCGG